UAAGUACUCGUAAUGUCAUAAGUUAUCGUUCAUUGCUCGGUCGGUCGCGGUGACAGACAGACGGACAUGUUGCGAUACGGUGUGUUACUCAGUUUGGCGGUCAUAUGGAUCGGGAAUCCAGGUGAGCUCGUUAGACUGCAGAAAAGCGAGAACAUUAUAAGCUACAAUCCUGCGCAGCUAUGCUUCUCCAACAGAAGCUUUGCAUUCGGAGUGGCCACCGCAGCCUAUCAGAUCGAGGGCGGAUGGAACGCUUCAGGCAAGAGUGAAAGCAUCUGGGACCGCUACACGCACACCCACCCGGAGCGGGUCUACGACCACCAGAACGCCGACGUUGCCGCGGACUCGUAUCACAGGCUCAAGGAGGACGUGCGGCUGAUGAGGACCCUGGGAGUGCAGUUCUACCGGUUCUCUAUCUCCUGGCCACGGAUACUGCCGGAAGGAUUUAAUAAUAAAAUCAAUGAAGAUGGCGUCCGCUACUACAACGAGCUUCUAGACGAGUUGGAGAAGAACAAGAUUGGAGCCCUAGUGACCAUGUACCACUGGGACCUCCCGCAGUCUCUCCAGGACCUUGGAGGCUGGACCAAUCCCAUCAUGGCUGACUACUUCGUUGACUACGCUAGGGUCCUCUUCCAGACCUUCGGCGACCGUGUAAAGACCUGGCUAACCUUCAACGAACCCCUAACCUUCUGCCACGACGGCUACGGCGGUUGGGACGCGCCCGGCGGACACGCCAGCGGACUUGAAGACUAUCUGUGCGCCCACACUGUUCUGCGGGCACAUGGGAUGGUGUAUAGGAUGUAUAAGGAAGAAUUUGAUAAGGAUCACCAAGGCAAUGUGGGGAUCGCUCUGGACAUGCCGUGGAUGGAGCCAGCCUCUCCGUCCGCCGCGGACAAGGCUGCUGCUGAAACUGCAAGGCAAUUCCUAUUCGGCUGGUUCGCUCACCCGAUCUUCUCCAGCCAGGGUGACUACCCCCCAAUUAUGCGUCAACGAAUCGACACCAUCUCCAGGCGCCAGAAAUUCGCCCGCUCCCGACUUCCCUCCUUCACCGAAGAAGAAAUCCUGAACAUACGAGGAUCGUACGACUUUCUAGGCCUCAAUCAUUAUACAACCAACUUGGCGAAGCCUGGGGCCGGGAAGAUUAGUUCGAAGCCGAACUAUGAUGACGAUAUGGGGGUGAAAUUGACGGUCAACCCGAAAUGGCCGAAGAGUAAUUCUACAUGGUUGAGGGUUGUACCUUGGGGUUUCCGCAAGACCCUGAACUGGAUCAAAAACACCUAUAACAACCCCCCCGUGGUCGUCACAGAGAACGGCGUGUCCCUCGAGAAAGGGUUAGACGACGCCAAACGGGUUAACUACAUCGACAGCUACCUGAGGUCGCUACACGCUGCCAUUUAUAAAGAUGGAUGUGACGUGGUGGGAUACACGCACUGGUCUCUAUUAGACAACUAUGAAUGGAUGAGAGGAUUCUCAGAGCGUUUCGGCCUGUUCGAGGUGGAUUAUUCGAGCCCGGAUCGCACGCGGACCGCGCGCCGCUCUGCGCACUACUACGCCACCGUUGCCAAGACUGGCUGUUUACCCGACAAGCACAACUAUGAAUAUUAAAUGU